UUGAAUUAGUGCUGCGUGCUGUGCUCUCCAGGUCCUGGUGCUGUGCUCCUGCUGUGGGGCAACGCCUGACCGUGGAGCCUGACUCUGACUACCCAUCUGACCAGUGCGUGUUGGUUGCCACCAGAUGAAUGUUCGAGAGACCCGCUGUCAGUGGAUGAUGCCAGUACCCCAGAGCCCGACCCCGACUACACCGAGUACAUGAUGGGCAAGAAGAUCCCGGCUGAGGGCAUCCCGGGGCUAGAUCUAUCCGACCCCAAGCAGCUGGCCGAAUUCGCGCGCAUUAAGCCCAAGAAGCAGACAGACGAUGCGCCGCGCACCAUUGCCUGUCCACACAAGGGCUGCUCCAAGAUGUUCCGCGACAACUCGGCCAUGCGGAAGCACCUGCACACGCACGGACCGCGUGUGCAUGUGUGCGCCGAGUGUGGCAAGGCGUUCGUCGAGAGCUCCAAACUGAAGCGGCACCAGCUGGUGCACACCGGGGAGAAGCCGUUCCAGUGUACAUUCGAAGGCUGUGGAAAGCGAUUCUCGCUGGACUUCAACCUGCGGACCCAUGUGCGCAUCCACACUGGCGACCGGCCGUAUGUGUGCCCGUUCGAUGGGUGCAGCAAGAAGUUCGCCCAGUCCACCAACCUCAAGUCGCACAUACUCACCCACGCCAAGGCCAACGGAAGAAACAACCCGAACCGGCAAAACAUGGAUCCGAUGGCACAUAUGUCGGACAUGGACGACUCCACGCAGUACGUCCAGGUGGAGGUCACCAACCUGGUGUACAGCGAGUGAAGUCGAGCCUUCCGCUCGCGUCGACAGAUGGCUCGCCAGUCGGACCGAGCUGUGCCAGCGCCGGCGCGGAGUCUGUGCUGGUCCCAGUGUCUCCGUGUCGUCCGGCGGCCCAGCAGCUUCACCGGCCUUACUCGUGUACAAUGACGCGGCGUGUGGGCACCGGUUGCGGCGCCGGCGGUCGGAACGUCUCGCGAGAGCUGCUCGCCGCGUGGUGUCACGCCGUGCGCCGGCGCGUGUGCGUGACCGCGUUUUGGACCAGUCGUCUGCGUGCUCACCCCAUCCGCUGAGUGUGUGCAUAUGCGUGUGCGUGGCUGCGUGCGCGCGCGUUUUGUUCGUUUUGUUCUCAUCCGUGCUGGCCCGAUGCCAGUCCGCAGGCGGGGCCAUUCCAGUGAUGUGGGGCUGGGUGGCGGUCCGCGGCGUCAGGCAUGACGGCGUGCUCGCCGGGCCCGAGUCCGCCGCCGCCGCCGCCGCCGGCGCCGCUGCGGGCGCCGGCCGAGCUCGAGCGGCAGUGAUAGCCGCGCGCGCGCCCCCGAUCUCGCCUGAGCGCCGUCGCGGCGCAUGCGCAGUGGAGCCCGACCGGAGACCGCACGCGCAGCGUACAAAGCUAGCGGGGCGGCCAGCGCAGCUGUGGGGAUGCCCGCGCGGGAGCGAGUGGUGCCGUGUGUGGCGAACGGUCGACUUUCAGUGAUAUGUUCUGUAACAGGACGCCUGUGAAGUGCUGUACAUUGUACAAUAUAGCGCCAAACCCGUGCUCGCUCCUCGCAGUCGUCGACGGCGUCACGCCACGUGACGGGUCGUUGUGCCGAGCACGCGGGCUGCCAGCGGCCGGGUCUGAGCUCA